AACAGGACAGGAGGAUGCAGUACACAAGCAAUGUUUCUGUCGGCUGAGGUUGGAAUUUCCCUUUGUCUCUCUUCAUCAGAUCGUCUAACGGAGGGUUCUGCCAUAAAGGGCAGCUGUCAUGGGGUCGAGCAAAGGACUCCUCCUGCUCCUUGCUUUGGGACCUAUGAUUCUCAUCAUGCUGUCCUUUUACCAAUGGGACAGGAUUUGGGAAAAAAGAGCUGAACGGCUCCGUCGGCGGCAGGAACUGAGAAAGCAGCUGCUAAGAAAUAUGUGUGACCAAGAGGAAUUUUCUAAGGGGAAGCACAGUUUGGAAGACAUAAGUGACAAACAGCUGGAACACCUGAUUGUGGAUGACAAGCAUGGCAUCAUCUACUGCUACGUUCCCAAGGUGGCGUGUACCAACUGGAAGAAGGUCUUCUUGGUCCUGAAACAGGGACAGCCAUACCAGGACCCCAUGUCCAUACCGUCUGAGGUUGUCCACAACAAAAACAAGUACACUUUCCUAAAGGGCUUCCCGAGACCAGAGGUUAAGGCAAAGCUGAAGCGCUACACAAAGUUCCUCUACGUCCGGGACCCCUUUGUCCGUCUCAUCUCUGCCUACCGAGACAAGUUCCAGAAAGAAAAUCAGGUCUUCUAUAGGUUAUAUGGCCAGAAAAUUCUGCGCACGUAUGCCAACCAGUCCAAUCCGGCCAAGACAGUGCAUGAGGCGUUUGCGUCCGGCAUGCACAUCUCAUUCUACAACUUUAUUCAGUACCUGCUGGACCCACGGACGCCGCCCUUUGACGAACACUGGAGGCAAUUCAACAGCCUGUGCCACCCCUGCCUAAUAAAGUAUGACUUCAUCGGCCAUCAGGAGACUUUUCAGGAGGACGGUGAGCAGCUGCUGAAGAUGCUGAGCCUGGAAAACCACAUUCGGUUACCUCCUGCAUACGAAAACAUGACUUCCCUGAAUUCUGUGUUGGACUUGUUCGGCACAGUGCCCCUGGAGGACAGGAGGAAACUGUACAAGCUGUAUGAGGAGGACUUCAGGCUUUUUGGCUACAGAAAGCCUGUUGAACUGCUUGAUGGUUGAUAUGAAUUCACGAUUUGCACUUUUCCCUACGCUGUCUGUCGCCAUUGACGCCACAAUAUUUACCGUUAUACGCACUGUGGUUAUAUUGCGGCUCUGUAAAUGUAUUUGUCUGCUGAUUAUUAUACAAAAUCUACAUCAAAAUCUCGAAACCAUCAAAUCUCAUUGAUAUGAAGUGAGAUUGGUCUUCUUCAACAAUUCUUACCCGGAUGGAUUUUUGCUUGCUUCACUUGUUUGAGAACUAAAUGGCUAAAUGUGUGAAAUAAAUGAGAUUUAAUUAUCAUGCAAGUUGGUGUACACGCUUCCGGCAUGCAUUGUCUCUCAAGUCUCUGCUUGCGUCUUUGCAUGGAAGCAAUGCACGCGGAGAGUAAACAAGGUCAUGUGUUUUAG